AUGAGCACUUCUGGAGCUGAAAAUGGUGUUGGUGCCAGCCGGGCCCGGAAGUCCACUUGUACAGAAGCUAACGAUACCGAUAAGGUUGGUGUGAAGACCAUAAGCGAAGUCACUGACUUACAGACUAUUGAGAGCUCACCGUCAACAUGCGAGGAGCCUAUGAGCAAUAAGGAUGUCAUAAAGGCUGCUUUCAAGAAAUAUAUUAAAUUCAUCGGACCAGGACUGCUGGUCAGUGUUGCAUAUAUCGAUCCUGGUAACUACUCUACUGCUACAUCAGCUGGUGCAGCUAACCAGUUUUCAUUGUUAUGUGUGGUGCUACUGUCCAACUUCAUUGCUAUCUUCUUGCAAUGCUUGUGUAUAAAAUUGGGUUCCGUUACUGGUAUGGACUUGAGCAGGGCAUGUAGAAAACACUUGCCAAGAUGGGCGAAUUGGACUGUAUACUUCUUUGCUGAAUGUGCAAUUAUUGCUACAGAUGUCGCUGAGGUUAUUGGUACUGCCAUCGCAUUGAACAUUCUUAUCAAAGUUCCUCUCCCAGCCGGUGUUUGCAUUACAUUGGUAGAUGUGCUAGCAAUUAUGGCUACUUAUAGACCGGGCGCUUCUUCCAUGAAAGUUGUACGUAUGUUUGAAUUAUUUGUGGCAUUGUUAGUCGUUGGUGUUUGCAUCUGUUUUGCAGUAGAGCUCGCUUAUAUCCCUAAAAGCACUUCUGCUGCUAAGGUGUUCAGAGGUUUCGUGCCAUCUCGUCAAAUGCUAGAACAUAAUGGUGUCUACACAGCUAUUUCUAUUCUCGGUGCUACUGUGAUGCCUCAUUCAUUGUUCUUGGGAUCUGCAUUGGUUCAACCAAGACUGUUGGAAUAUGAUGUCAAUCAUGGUAACUAUUCUAUGCUGAAGGAUGAUGAAGAUGAGAAAAACAAAGAAACAGCUGUUGAUGAAAGAUACCAGAACUAUAGACCAACCAGAUCAGCCAUUAAAUACUGUAUGAAGUUUUCUAUGAUAGAACUAGGACUGACGCUAUUUACACUAGCGCUAUUUGUUAAUUGUGCUAUCCUAAUUGUUGCUGGUUCAACAUUAUAUGGUUAUCCUGAUGCAGCAGAUGCUGAUUUAUACACCAUCCAUGACCUAUUAUCGAAAACCUUAGCUCCUAUUGCAGGCACUAUUUUCAUGCUAGCUUUGCUACUGAGUGGUCAAUCCGCUGGUAUCGUCUGUACCAUGGCCGGCCAAAUCGUUUGUGAGGGACAUAUCCAUUGGAAAUUAAAGCCAUGGCAAAGACGGCUAGUCACCAGAGCCAUAUCCUUGAUUCCGUGCUUAGCUAUUUCUAUUUCUAUUGGUAAGGAGGCUCUUUCCAAAGCCUUGAACGCAUCUCAAGUUGUACUGUCUAUUGUUUUACCCUUCUUAGUUGCGCCAUUAAUCUACUUCACCUGUAAUAAGAAGAUUAUGGAGACUGAGAUUACUGUGAAAGAUGCGGAAGAGGAUCCUUCUGACAAUGAUGACAUGCAACUGGAGAAUGGCCAGACCAGAAAGACUGUCAGUAUGGCAAAUAAUUGGGUUGUCUCCAUAAUUGCAUUUGUAGUUUGGGUAUUCUUGUCUGCCUUAAAUAUUUAUGCCAUUGUUCAGCUGGGUAUUACACAUGGAGAAAUAUCCUAA